UAUUUUGUCCCGGAAGAACACGAUAUUUCAUCGUGUCAGUUGUCGUCACCCUUCGUGCCAAAACAACUUCUUUGUCGACCCUGAUAGAAAAUGGCUGGAACAGCUUUAAAAAGACUCAUGGCGGAGUACAAACAGCUAACCCUCAACCCUCCAGAAGGCAUUGUUGCAGGGCCUGUAAACGAGGAGAAUUUUUUUGAAUGGGAGGCUCUGAUUAUGGGACCAGAGGACACAUGUUUUGAGGGUGGUGUGUUCCCUGCCAUUCUCAGUUUCCCAUCAGAUUACCCUCUCAGCCCCCCCAAGAUGAAGUUCACCUGUGACAUGUUCCAUCCUAACAUCUACCCAGAUGGACGUGUGUGUAUCUCAAUCCUGCAUGCUCCUGGUGAUGACCCCAUGGGCUACGAAAGCAGCGCUGAGAGGUGGAGUCCUGUACAGAGCGUGGAGAAGAUCCUGCUGUCUGUGGUCAGCAUGCUCGCUGAGCCGAAUGACGAGAGUGGAGCAAAUGUGGAUGCUUCUAAGAUGUGGCGUGAGGACAGAGAACAGUUCAAUCGGCUAGCCAAGCAGAUUGUGCGCAAAUCUCUGGGUCUCUGACUCUCCUGAAUACAGACACACACACACACACACACACACACAUACACACACACACUCUCACUCCAGGACAGGGAGGAUUGACUGUUGAAUGUCUAUGAGGACACAAACCUCCUACAGGAGAGAAGAAUCUCUGUGCUGAGUGUUGUAGUGUACUAUCCCCUGUACAUCCACCAGUGUGAGCACUUUAUUCAUACUCUCUUCCCUCUGCUGUGAUUGGGUGGAUGAGUGGAAGAACGGCUUGUGUUGAAGAAUGCAAAAUGUUAUACACUCACCAGACAGUGUUCCAACAGAGAGUCAAGCAUCAAUCACAGAACAAGUACACAAGGUAGUGAUUCACAGCCAUUUUGGACUGCCGUCUUGGUUUUAUAUUUGUUUGUUUUACCUGUCCAUAGUUUUAUGAGAUAAAUAACAAAUGCAGCUUUGUGUUGAUGGCAGUAUGCUGAUGCAUGCUUCAAUGCCUUAUCAUAAAAAGCAUCAUAAUUAAAAUCAUAUGAGGCAGCAACUUAGACUCAGAUCAGAUCCGACUGUUUGUUUAUAAAUAGAUUAUAUUACUGAUCAUUUGGGAUGAUGUAAAAGAUUAUGUCUGUGGAUGCAAAUUCAAUAAUAGUUAUAAUAAUUAUUAAAACAAUCAAUUACAUUUCAUAUGAAACAAAGUUGGAAAUUUGGUAAUGCACAUAUUCAGAGUCUUUUCUUUAAAAUCCUACUUGGAUUUAUUUAAAAGGAAAAUGAUUCUGAAAUCAUUUACUCACUCUCAUGCUCUUCCAAACCCCUAUGACUUUUGUUCUUCAGUGGAAUACCAAUAGGCAGUAUGUUAGUCUCAGUUCGUUUUCAUUGAUAUUUCUUCCAUACAAUGAAAGAGAAUAGUGACGGAGGUUUUGUGUUCCAUGAAGGAAAGUCAUAUAGGUUUGGAACAACAUGAGGAAGAGUAAAUAAUCACAGAAUUUUCAUUUUUGGCCGAACUAUACUUUUAAAGCUGGAAUUACCUCCUGGUGAAGACAAGCCCCACCCUAACUCCAUAAUUACUUAUGUCAAAGAAAUUUUGAAUUUAUUUGAUCCUUUGUAUAUUUCCUAUCAUUUGUUCUCAAGAAUUGUUCAGUAAAAAGAAAUAAAUAAAAAAAAAAAAGA